GUUACAGUACAGUAGCUGAAAUGAUCUUUGUAUCUGCUGAACCAAUGUGCACAGUAGUGGGAAAGAAAACACAGAGAGAAUCAGCAUCCCGUCUCGCUGAUCCAAUCAAGAGAAUAGAGUGUGAAUAGGGGACAUGUCAUGGCUUAUAUCCUCCAUCUCUCCGUUCAAUGGACGCAGACAAGCGUGCACCAAUAAUUAAACCACCUGACAUCUCUUUUCCAGAAAGUUCAUUCUCAGGGUACCAGGGAGGAGUCCACGAGACAGUCCAUGUGUAUAUAAGGCCUUUCAGUUAGGUGGGUCACUCAAACUUUGAACAGUUCAGUCUGAAAGUUGUCAUUGGUAAUCAGGGGAAGAUGGAAGUAGCCAUUCAACACCCUUGGUUCCGCCGUCAAUUUUUCUCCUUCUUUGGACCAAGCAGGAUCUUUGAACAGAGUUUUGGGGACCACCUCCAAGAGGCUGAUUUAUUUCCUUCUUCCACAAUGUUUUCACCCUUCCUCUUCAGAUAUCCCUAUUUAAGGCUGCCAAACUGGAUGGAAGGUGGCUUGUCAGAGGUAACAAUUAACCUACUCAUUUCUCUUUGUUACUUUGUACGGGCUUAGUGAUCUAAAAAAUUAUAGGCUUAGAAGGUGAAAUAAUGUCUAUACAACUUACAUGAUAUCCGUUAGAAGAUGGCGUCUGAUAUUGCAAAGACGCUCAAGGAAUUUACACGUCAAAUUAUCGAUUUGUACUCAAAAGGUGACCAUUACAGAUCAGUUUAUGAUAUACUUUCUAACGAUAUAUAGAAACUAACAAGCUAUAGAAAUGUUGUGAAGACAAGCCCAUUUAAUAUAGUCAAAAGUCCCUAUUAUUUUGUUCUCAUUAUUAUAUAUAUAUAUAUAUAUAUAUAUAUAUAUAUAUAUAUUCACUCUGUUUAUAGUUUACUAAAUGUUUUAAACAUGUAAAAUUAUAUUGUUUAGAACUCUGAUGCACUUUGAACAAACAAUGCUAACAUAAAUGCACGUUUAUAUACAAUGUGAUACUAGUAAAAUAGAUUAAAAAGAAAGGGGCAACAAGUUGACAGUCACCGUCGUUGCAUUACAACUUACUAUGAUUCUGUCCACCUAUGACUAACAAAGAAUUUUUAGAGCUGUAGCCUCUCAACUAUUACAGAAUGCACAGUUAAAUAAUCACUGGUCUAAAAUCAUGUCUAAAGAGUUUGAUGAUGACGUAAGUACGAUACAUGGAGCUAUUCACUACAGUUGGAAGUUAUGAAGAAGCUACCGGAGAAUUGAUUAUUUGGGGACAAAAUGGAAUAGGUGAAAGCAUAGAUACGUUUACAUUUUUUUUUUCAAAUUUGGCUCCUUAGACGUAGAUAUAUGGAACCACCAGUCAAUUCCUGACAAUUCCAUGUUUAGUGGACAUCCAUGAUUUUUCUAGAGGCAAAGCAUUGGCUAGGAAACUGUGUAGUCCGUGGACUCUAUCACUAUUCAGCAUUUUAAAUAGUGAUAUGUUUAUACUACAGUUUAUUAGCUAUUAUUAUUGGCUCUUUUUAUAGAUUUGGAUAAAAAGGAUAAAUUCUUGUGAAAUUUAAAAAAAAAAAAUAUUUUCUUGGACAGACCCACAGUGCCAAGUAAUAAUGAGUUUAUCAUGCAGACAACGUGUCUGCUAAAUAUUUUGUGUUAUAUAGAUGCUGGUCUGUGUUCAGCACCUUAGCUGAAAUUAUUUUAAUGAAAUUAAAAUAUAUUUAAAAGCAUUGCUCUUUGAACAUAACAUGAUUUUAUUUUAUUUUUUUGCAUUUACAUUUUUUUUUUAAGGAAAAAAAAUAUUGUCCUACAGAUUGCAUUUGUUUGUAACAGCCACCUGGAUAAUUAUGUAACAGUUUAACAGGAGUUGGAGCCCAGUUGCAGGAGAUGGCACAGAGAGGAGGCAAAAACCAAAAGCGCAGUACAGAUAAAAGGGAAAUCCAAAGGCAGGGUCAGACGAGAAGCAGAAGUCAGGGCUGGCUGUGGAGUAACAAAGUUGGUAAAGCAGGCAGAGGUCAGAGUCCAGGAAAUCAGUCAGUAGCGAAGCAAAGAUCCGGCAGGAAAAACCAAACAGGCAAAAUGACCAGAUGCUAGGUUUCAGGCAGGGCUGGCUUUUACAGCCUGCUAAUUAGAGGUAGCUAACCCUAAUUGGAAAAGGGCUGCAGGUGGGUCAGUACUGCUUAAUCCAGGCAAGGGGUCAGGAAGCAGAAUAAUGCAGUUCAAUACUGAAGCCCCCUGGUGGACAGCAUGGCAGAGAACCUGACUGGGAUGCUGGAGCUGUGAGUUCACAAACCCAGCCAGGUCUCUUAAAAGGGAUGUCUGAAGGGCUCUGGGUGUACUGUGACAAUGUUAUAUAAAACUCAAUAACAAAAAAAGUUAAAACAAGAUUUCUAAAACAUUGUAAACAUGAGGAAAAUAUUUUUUUUAAAGUAAAUUUACAUUUAUAAUAUAUUGACAACCUUUACUAUACUAGUAUGCUAUUCUAUAUAAUAACUUGUAGCUUGUUAAAAUAAUAGUGUAUUAAUGCAUCAGUGUUAUUAGAACUGCAUGUAACUGCAUCAUUUUCAUAGACCAUACAUAUCAAUGGUGCUCCAACGCAUUUCACACAGCAUUUGUUCUCUGUGGUGUAGAAAUGGCUUUGUUUAAAAUACAAAGUGGUUCACCCGAUGGUUUAAAGCUUACAUUUUUAAUCUGAUAAACUCAGUUAGUUUUUUGUGGGUUUUUUUUUCUGCUGUUUCCUUUAAUUCUCCCUGGCUAGAAUAGUUUUUAUAUGAUAUCGUAUUGCUAUAUCUCAUUAAGAAUUCUGGUUCAGCUUUUCAUACUUGUAUUCUUGUUUGUAGUAGGGCAUAAGUACUUUAAGAGAUCCCUCUCUACAUAUCUCAAAACAGAAUGCACCUGUCAUGGUUGAUUGUAUAUUUUCUACCUGUUCUAUGUUACAUUUUGUAUAUAUUGCGUAUUAAUAUUGUUUUUGUAUUUUAUUGUACCCUAAUGUAACAAUGCAAUGUUUUGUGGACCCAGGACAUACUUGAAAACGAGAGAAAGCUCAAUGUAUCUUUCCUGGUAAAAUAUUUUAUAAAUAAAUAAACAAAGCUAAUUAAAUCCACUGACACCCAUACUUAGUAUAUGGCUUCAAGCAGUGGCGUACACAUGACCCAUGGGGCCCCGGUGCAAAAAUUGUCCAGGUCCCAGCGGCGUGCGCAGUCGGGGCCACAUCACAUGGUGGCGGGCACCCCGCGACCACAGUAUGCUGCACACACACCUAAAGGACCACUACAGACACCCAGAUCACAUCAGCUCAAUGAAGUGGUCUGGGUGCCAGGUCCCUCUAGUUUUAACCCUGCAGCUGAAAACAUAGCUGUUUCAGAGAAACGGCUAUGUUUCCCUGAGGGUUAAUCCAGCCUCUGGUGGCUGUCUCACUGACAGCCGCUAGAGGAGAUUCCGCGAUUCUCACUGUGAAAAUCACAGUGAGAAGACACUGAAUGUCCAUAGGAAAGCAUUGAGUAAUGCUUUCCUAUGGGCGGUUUAAAUGCGCGCGCGCGCCUCUUGCCGCGCAUGUGCAUUCGGAGCUGAGAGGCGGACGGAUCCCCAGCGCCAAGGAAGUCCGGCGCUGGAGAAAGGUAAGUGCUGAAGACACACACUCUUACGAACAGACACAUACACACUAGCUAACAGACACACAUUUACUGACGGAGACACACUCAGCGACAGACAUGCAUACACACUCACUUACAAAACAUACACUUUCACUGACAAACACACACUCACUAACAGACAUCAGACACACUCAGUAACAGACACACUCAGUAACAGACACACUCAGUAACAGACCCACACACUAACACACACACACUCUAACACACACACACACACACUAACACACACACACUCUAACACACACACUAACACACAGACACACUAACACACAGACACUCUAACACACAGACACUCUAACACACAGACUCUCUAACACACACACUCUAACACAGACUCUCUAACACACACACUCUAACACAGACACUCUAACACACAGACUCUCUAACACACACACUCUAACACACAGUCACUCUAACACACACACACUCUAACACACACACACUAACUAACACACACACACACACUAACUAACACACACUCACUCUAACACACACAUACUAACACUUUUUUUUUUUUAAAUGUAAUCCCCCCAGCCUCCUUACCUUUUGUAGUGCUGGGGGGAUUCCCUGGGGUCCAGUGGUGUUGCUGGGCUCCUGGGCGGGCGGGCGGGCUGGCUGUCUGUGUUGCCGGCGCGCGAGGGAGCACUCAGUGCUUCCUUGCGCGCCGGCAACACAGACAGCCCGCCCGCCCCUGGGGUCAGCAGGGCCAGCCUCGGGGGGGCCCUGAGGUAGCCGCCUCCUGGGCCCCCCAGGGGAAGAGGCUGGCCCUGUGGCUACAUACCGGGUCGCGACCCCUGCGACCCCUGGGACCCUGGUAUGUACGCCACUGGCUUCAAGAUGCCUAAUCUUUUUUAUAAUGACAUUAAACUGCAUAUAAUCACAAGUGACAUUGUUAGGUUAGCUAUUGUUUUACAUCUUAAUAACCAUUAACAUUUUCAUUAAAAAGGAAUAAAGCUUUAAGGAUGAAAAUGUAAUGUAUUAAUCGUUAAUUAAUCUCAUGUGUAGUGUGACCACACCAAAACAGAAUUUCAGGGAAUUUUACAAUUAAAUGAAUAGGAUCCCCAGACAGGGGAGCUGACCGGACCGGAGGAGAGAGAAGGGAGCUGACAGGAGCUGCAGGAAAGGUAAGUUACAGCUCUCUGCCAGCCCCCCUCCUACACAGCCCAUCCACUGGACCACCAGGGAAUGAGAGCCCCCCUCCCUGGCCAGCUAACAAGCAGGGAGGGGGGAUGAAAAAAUCUAAAUAAAUACAAAUUUAAAUAAUAAUAAAAUAAAAAUAAUAUUAUAUAUAUAAAAAAAAAUAAUAAUAAUGAUUUUUUUUUAAAUAAAAAUGCCCAUCCCCCACUAAGGCUCUGCAUCACACACACAAACACACUCUGCAUCACACACACACACUGCAUUCAUACACACACACACACUGCACUCAUACACACACUGCAUUCAUACACACACACACACUGCACUCAUACACACACUGCACUCAUACACACACACUGCAUUCAUACACACACUGCACUCAUACACACACACACUGCACUCAUACACACACACACACACACUGCAUUCAUACAACACACUGCAUUAUAUACAAACACACACAGUGCAUUCAUCCACACACACACUGCAUUCAUACACACACUGCAUUCAUGCACGCACACACUGCAUUCAUACACACACACUGCAUUAAUACACACACACACUGCAUUCAUACACACACACACUGCACUCAUACAAACACACUGCAUUAUAUAUACACACACACAUUGCAUUCAUUAUAUACACACACUGUAAAUAAAUAUUCAAUUAAUAUUUUUUGGGGAUCUAAUUUUAUUUAGAAAUGUACCAGUAGCUGCCGCAUUUCCCACCCUAGUCUUAUACUUGAGUCUAUAAGUUUUCCCAGUUUUUUGGGGUGAAAUUAGGGGUCUCGACUUAUAUUCGAGUAUAUACGGUAAUUAUAUUGGGUCAAUAAAUGUCAACUGAAAAGGUUUAGUUUAUGAUUGUAAUUAUACAAUCUUAAUUCAUUUUCCCAAAAAGUCUUCUAAGUUUGCUAUUCAGAAACUCAUCCAGAGUACGGCUCAAGGGCCAUGUGCAUAAGAUUUGAAUGACUUCUGCUUUCUCUUUUAUUAUGUAAUAAAAAAUAAUUGUACUUUAUAUAAUGCAGUCUCUAACCGGUAAUAAAAUGAGCCAUCAUUUUGCUGCUUAACAAACAAUUUAUCUUUCAUAAUCGUUACACAAUGGCCAUUUUACAUAAAAGCACCCUUGGCAAGCAUAAAUGUUGAAGCAGGCAUGAGGUUUAUUUUGUGCAUUGUAGUGAUCUAUAAACCUUCUAUAUUCAUUACAAAGUGUAAGAUGACUGGGCAAGGCUUAGACUGUACAAUCAAAAUACCAAAACAAUGGGGAAUCACAUAAAGUUCAUGUUGCAUUAUAAUCUUUCUUAUAAAUGUAUGUUCUGUAGACAUUAUUCUGUACCGUUAUAUACUUUGAAACAACAAAAGUCGAACAUUUCAGCUUUUCCAAGUACCUGCUACUGAUGUGUUACCCUUACCCCUACAAAAUAAACAGAUAGUGGAUAGAAUCGACAAAUAAUGAUUUUUGCAAACUCUGCUGUGAUGGGAACCCUGAUCGAACACCCUAUAUGGGGAUACAUUAUUGUACAUAAGAGGUAAGAAGUGGUUGGGGUGGCUCAGUCAGAGGUCUCAAAUAAAUAUACUUUUCAAAUGAUUCAAUACUGUUAGAAACACUUUCUAGAUAAUUUAGCAAAAAAAAAAAAUCCCAUAGAUUUAAUGGUGAUUUCAGAAGAUAACAGUUUUUCUAACAUUGAAUCUUCUGGAAAGCUUAUUAAAUGCUUAUCCUAAAAGAUAAACUGCCAAAUCUAUGAUAAUCAUCAUAAUAAUAAUAAUAAUAAUAAUAAUAAUAAAUAAUACUAUAUGAAAGUUCAGGAGAGUACUACAAAUUCAAGAAAUAAAAUAAUUCUCUAAAACAAACAAAAAAAUGUAAAUUGUACUGCACUGUGGAAAAUGCGCUUUAAAAAUGCCAGUGAGAAUAAUAAUCUAUUACUAAUAAUAACAACAGAAAAAAAUAAAAAUGUCGGGCACCAGUAAUAAUAAUUAACAACUUCUGGAAUAAAAGGGAAUCAUGACGGAAUAUUUCCGUCAUGUGUCCUUAAGGGGUUAAUGAAUCCUAAAUUGAAAUAAAUGUUUACAAGUUACUCCUUCACAAUAGAUUAGUCUGAUCAAAUGAUAAGAUUAGAGAUUUGUCGAGUAUCACACAUUUUUAAAUACAGUACUAAUUUACAUUUUCAAAGAAAUGCAAUGUUUUACUUUCUUAUAAGGUGUAUAUUUUGUAAGAUUUCUUACUGACCUCUUCCUGGACUGUGACAAAUCUGUAUGAUGCUUUUUCUUGAAGUACAUUUUUAUUCUUUUAAGUCAGCAUCUACCAUCUUUUUCCUCUUCCCACAGGUGAGACUAGACAAGGACAGGUUUUCUGUUAACCUCGAUGUGAAACAUUUUUCUCCUGAGGAACUCAAGGUCAAGGUGAUUGGAGAUUUUAUUGAGAUCCACGGCAAGCACGAGGAGCGUCAGGUGAGCAAACACAGGCCGUGAAAAUACAAGUAAUGUUUUGUUUUUGUUUUAUUUAACCCCUUAAGGACACAACUUCCGAAAUAAAAGGGAGUCAUGACUGAAUAGUUCAGUCAUGUGUCCUUAAGGGGUUAAAUGGUACAGGGCUCUUAUGCUCUAAACAAGCAGUGUUCAAUACAACUCUUAAAAAUAUACUUUGACAAAAAGCAACUUUUGGGAUUCAUCAGCAUUUAUUUUUUCGUAACGACUACAGUUCUUGUUAUUUAUUGAGAAUUCUACAAAUAGAAUUUAAAAAGUUAGAGAAAUUUUCAUAAAUGAGAUUAAGUCUCAAUUUUCUUAAAGAAAUUCAGCUUCAUUGGUUUAUUUAAUAUUUCCAGGACGAACAUGGUUAUGUCUCCAGAGACUUCCAACGAAGAUACAAAAUCCCAGCGGAUGUAGACCCUCUUUGCAUCACCUCAUCCUUGUCUCCAGACGGAGUCCUGACGGUGUGUGGACCAAGGAAACUGGGUGAUGUUCCUGAACGUUCCAUUCCCAUUACCCGUGAAGAAAAGGCAGCCAUUGGUGCUGCUCCUAAGAAGUAGAGUGUCUCAACCUUUCCAAUCACCGAGGAUAACCUUCCACCCUGCCAGAGAGAGUGCGCGUACUACACUGCUAUAUGUAUUUAUUUGUGCUGUCCUGUGACCAAAUCUAAUUACUAAUGCAAAUAAAAGCAAUGAGAAGCAUCUAAGUGUUUUAGUAAUAAUUGCAGAUCAUCGUGGACAUUAUCAAGAGAACAAGUUGCAUGUUUCAAUCUAACCAUCUGGUAGUUAGAUCAUUUUCAAUAAGAAAUGUUUAAAAACAGAAAUAUCUGAUUGGCCAGAUGUUCCAUAACAUUCUUCAGAGUGUUCUAUUCAGCUACCUUUCAAGAGUGUUUGACUUGAUGCAUAGGGCUAAGAACCCCAUAUUUGUUUUAAAGGUUUUCAGGUUAAUGGUACAUGAAUUUAAACGUGGCUGCUAGGAUCUACCUCAAAGGCAAAAUAGUCCUCACAGUUGUUGGAAAUUUCAAACACGUUGAUAAAGAACAUAUCGGUUUUCUUUUAAUUUGGAUUAACCCGGCUACUUUUCUGGAUACACUUAACAUAGGACCCUGAGAUGUAGGCUUUACAAGUAACACUCCCAUCUUACCAAUGAAUGAUACAACAAAGUAAUGUGGAAGUAGGCAAUCCAUACAAUAGUCCAGUGAAUAAAUAUAAUUUUACUACAGUUUAAAUAUAAAUUAGAAUACCUAUCAAACCUAGAAUUAGCUAAUUUAUUGCAAAAUAUUACAUAUCAUUUCUAUCGAGAUCACAAUCUAGAGCCAUGUCAUGGCACAUUUAAUCUACCAAAUCCUCCUCCAGAGGUAUCCGCUACUAAAAAUAUUCAUGACAAAAAUACAAUUACAUUUCUAAAAUCCUUAUCUUUUAUUUAUAUUUAUUUCAACUAGUUUACAAUAAACAAAAUGCUAUUUCACAUUAUUUGAGAAACAUUUGCACGGAAUUUGUAACGUAAUAUUGCUCUAAAUAUAACUCAGAAUUAGGUAAUACUGAUUUCGAAUACAGGCAUAAAAUAUGGUUAUAUCACUUUAUAACUAGCACCAACUAUCUGAUAUUAACGUCCUUUAAAUUAUCUCUCAAUCCAUAAUCCAUACAUAGCUAUUUUAAGUGAACAAUGAAAGAAUCUAUCUCCCCUAAAAAAAGGAGAAAGGUAAAUUAGGUAAAUAUUCUGUUCUAUAUACGAUUUAACCGAUAUCACUAUGAGAUUUACCAAUUUGAAAUAAUCCCAAGGGUAUCUCUCUAUGUAUCUCUGCUCUCAGCAUAUAUCUAAAACAAAAAAGCUUUCAAUAGCUGCAGUUCUCUUGUCUGCUGUCUUUGCAGGCCCUCCCCUUCUUCUCCCACGCAGACCUUCUGUGGCUGUCCAAUCACAGACUUCCAAAUGCAGCUCAAUUAGAAGUCUUUCCAAGGCAGGUGCUCUGGGCAAUUACUGCCUUUUCAGUUUAGCUCCACUGAGCUAACCAAAUCAGUAAACAUCUGGCCCAGUUGACUAUCCCUUCAGUACAUAGAUUUUACAUUUACAAUGCAGAUACAGAGGCAAAACUAAUAUUAAGUAUUUAGAAAUAAAUUUCUAAAUAAUUCACUCCAGCUUUAUAGUUAAUAUUUCUUUUUAUGGAUUAAAAGCUUAAUUUCAGAUACUUUCAAACAACUCUUGCCAUAACAUGAUGAACUACCUCCAUAUUUGAAAGAUAAAAUGGCUCUAAAUCAGAGAUUUCUACAUAUAAAGGAGUUUUGAAUGAAUUAUGUUUAGAACAUGAAAUGACUUGAUGCAAAAGGCUGAAUAACACUUUUAAGAUGGUGAGAAUGAUAGCAUCAAUCAAUAUUCUAUAAGCUAGAUGUCUAGCAAAAGCAUGCAAUUUGUUCUUAACUGUUUGAGAAAUUAAUUUAUGACAUCUGUGAAGGACAGUUCAGUCUUAGUGGCUGCUUAGGGAACCUUAAUGUCCUACUGCACGCAAUGGAGUUAAUUACUAAAUGGGGUUUUUUUUGUGGGAACUGCGGAUCAUUGACACGGGAAUGAAACUUUUUUUUUUUUUUUGAAAUAUCCAAAAUAGAAAGCUGAGCUGGACAUUAAUUCCUAUGUUGGUUUAUUUAGACCUAAAUUUAGCAAUUUUUAUUUAAAUUCUCCACAUUUCCCAGUUUAGUAAAUACACUCCAAAGUCUUAUACAUUUCAUACAUUUUCUGGUUAAACAAUGUACAUCAAUGUUAAAGGGUCCUUCCAAGCAUCCUUAACACUACAGCCCACUGCAGUGUCUAUAAUGCCAGGAGUACCUAGGCCCAGAUCCAUGGUAAUGUUGCAAAACAUUUAGCAAAGGUUUGCCCUUUCCCAUGGUUCCCCCGUGGGCUCCAAAGCUGCCCGGUGGUCUGGUGAUGCUAUUUGGAAUUGUGCAGUGCGGCAGAAGCAAGAAACCGAUGCCGUCACCAUUCAUUGGCUGAGACCUCAGUUGACCGCUCUCAGACAAUGAUUGUCAGUCUGUGCAAUGAAAGUUGUACAGAAUUGGCAUUAGCCAGCUCGGAACUCUAGUUCCGGGAUGGCUGAUGGCGGCCCAAUGAGUUACAUCCUUGGCAGAAGAGAGAUUAAAAUCUGUAAGUAUUCUGUUUCAUAGUGAAACAAUGUACAAUCAGACUCCAGGCACCAUGACCACUUCAAAUCACUGAAGUGGUCAUGGUGCUUCGAAUAAUCCUUUAAGACAGAACCUUCACUCUCUAUGCAAAGUACUCAAAAUACUGUUAGCAAGUUAUUUCUGAAGCAUUCAAUGAACAUCCUAACAAUGUUUGUCUGAUGCUUACUAUGUGGGUAAACCUACACAGAGAACUGGAUCUGUCACAAGUGGGUCCAUUAAAUUGUAUAAUGGACUCACGCUUUAUCUAACAAUGCCUUUAAAAAACUUGAUCUGUGCGGGUAGGUUGAUAAAUGGAUACUCUUACAGUGCUAUCCACUAAAUCAUUCAUUAUCAGGCAUCCACUGGGAAAUAGCUCAAUUUAAGCCCAAAGAAUAUCUCCAAAUCAGCUAUAUUUUUAGCUCAAUUAUUUUGGUAUUUUUUUUUUUAAUUCCCUGAGCAGGGGUGGCCAAAAGGUAGAUCGACAGAUGUUGUAGAACUACAACACCCAUGAUGCUUUGCAUGUCUGUAGAAUGACAAAGCAUCAUAGAAGUUGUAGUUUUAAAACAUUAGGGGGUCUACCUGUUGGGCAACCCUGCCCUAGAGAAUCCCCAAAUUGUUCAGUUUAUUAAACAAACUUGACAAAGUUAUAAAUUAAACUGUAAAACGUGAGGGACUGAGCAGAUAAUAAUUACAAAAUUUUAGGCAGAAUUAGAAUAUUGUCCAAUUAAAUAAGUUUACUAUUUUGCCUAAAAUGUCCAAUUUCCUUAUCAAUUCUCCACCAUUCUUGGUUUAGGGUAUAUUCACUGAAAUUAUCGAAAAGUGUGAAUUAAAUAUCCGAUUGCAAAAUUCAGGCUAAAUAGCUGUGACUUUAGUGGAGUUGGAGAAAUGUUAUAAAUUAGCUACUUUAACCAGACAUUUGCCAGAAAUUCACUAUAAUUCAGUGAUUACUAAAUAAAUUUACCAUUAGUGGAUAAGCCUAAUAGAACACAGCAGGGGGAAUGGUCUAGUUACAUGAGUUCCUUAUGUUUAAAUAAUCAACAUUGAACACCUGGAAAAAUAUUAAAAUGCGUUUUUGAAAUUUGGAACAAAAUAGCAAUAAUUCCUCAGUUUUUUUGUUUUUAGAUUCAAAUCCCAAAAUGAAUCAUAAAAUGCAUCUGUGUAGAAAACAUAAAAUACUAAAAGGGACACUAGGCUCCCACACCACUUCAUCUCAUUGAAGUGGUCUGGGUGCAGUAUUCCAGGUCCCUUAACCCUGCAAAGGUUUUUAAGAAACUGCAAUAAUUACCUGUUAUGGUUAACUCCACCACUAGUGGAUGUCUACGCUACUAACUGACACUGGACGUCCUCACGCUAUGCAUGGGGAUGUCCAGCGUCCCCCCAGACCCUGUAGGAAAGCAUAGUAUAAUUGAGAAAUCCUAAUGUGAGCACGGCCAUUGCUGCGCAUUUGAGUAAGGUCUCACCCGCUGGCUGACAUCGGCGGUGGAAGAGCGAAGAGAGACCCGAGCGACAUCAGCGCUAGACCUAGGUAAGUGACAGAAGGGGCACGAGGGAGGGGGAAACAAGUUUGUUUUCCUGGCACUAUAGUUUUCCUUUAAUAUUGAAAAUAUCUUCCUCUGUUUAAUUAGCACAUAUUUGGCAAGCACAGGUAGAUACAUCCAUGGCAGUAAUCGCUAACGACAGAUGGCUGUGGACUAGCUUUAUCAAGGUGUUCGGUCAGGCUUCACAGCUGAAUGGCUAAGCUUCAUGGGAAAUGUAUUUUUCAAACAUCAGCCCAUACGAGAAUAAGCCAUUCCUGGCUAUAUAUAGUUAUAUGUCACUAAUUUAUCAUUGGUGCGUUUGUUAACCUUACUACUGUUAAUAAAACAAAUACAUGCAUUAAGUAAACAAAACAACACGUCAUUUUUAAUAUAUAUUUUUUGCUUGAACUGUAUCUAAAUAGUUUUUAGGGUGGCAUUAAUCUGUUAAAUCUGAAUUUACUGCUGAAUUGUAACACUACAUUUAUGCAAAUAUAUCAUUUAUCUUCAACAGUGAGAGGUCUUGCUUGUAUUUUCAAUAAAUAAAUAGAAAUUUUAAAUUAUAUUUCUUGUGAUUAUUUGUAUGGUGGAUAUU